AUGGUUCCGAACUUGGCAUUCAACAUUUCAAUGAUUGCCAUCUGGGGGGUACUUCUUGGUGUCCAGACAUUGCAGUUCUGGUGGAAACAGUACUGGUUCUCAGUGGCGUUCUUCUGCACUGGAGUGCUCGAGGUGCUCGGGUUCAUCGGGAGGACUUGGUCACACUACACGCAGACAAACUCGGACGCAUUCUUGUUGAACAUGAUCUGUCUCACAAUCGCCCCAGUGUUCACCAUGGGCGGGUUGUACUACCAGUUGGCCAAGCUGAUCGAAAUAUACGGACACAAGUUCUCGGUGAUCAAAUCUCCAAUGCUGUACUCGUACAUCUUCAUCACCUCGGAUAUUGCGUCCUUGGCAAUCCAGGCCGCAGGUGGCGGUGUCGCAGGUAUGGCUGCGUCCUCGUUCAAGUCCCCGCAACGUGGGGAUAAUAUCUUCAUCGCAGGACUGGCCAUCCAGGUCGCCUCCAUGUUUAUCUUUGGGCUUCUGUGGUUUUUCUUCCUAUACCAGAUCUAUGUCAAAGUUAGGAUGGAACACUUGGGGUUGCAGGGGAAAUGGUACUCGAACAAAAUAUGGAAAGUGUCCCAAGCGGAGAUCGAUUACAAGUACAGGCCCAAAUUCCGCGCCUUGAGAAUAGAGCCUGAGAGAUGGAUAUUCAAAUAUUUCCCAUUGGGAAUGACUGUGGCUGUCUUGACCAUUUUCACAAGAUGUUGCUACAGACUCGCAGAGUUGUCUGAGGGGUGGACAGGUAAUUUAAUCACACACGAGUGGUACUUCAUCGCUUUGGACUCCCUAAUGAUGUCGAUCGCUACCACAAUAUUGACAGUGCUUCACCCGGGGUUUGCAUUCCGCGGGAGACACGUAUCCAUCCCAAUCACAACGGCCAAAAAUGUCACAGACGAGGAAAAGAAUGGCGACCUGUCAUCAAAGGGCGGGUCCCCUGAGGGGUCUACGGAUGGCGGGUACGGAUCUGAGGAGGAGGACAAACUGUUCGAAAGAGAGGAACAGCAAGCAAACCUCACAUCUGUACCAGAAAUCAGCACGGAUGGUUCCAAGGUUAGCACGGGCAAAAAGAGCAAGUUCUCGAAGUUCUCGAAGUUCUCGAAGUUCUCGAUGUUCUCGAAGUUCUCGAAGCUCUUUAGCAGAUCCUAA